AUGCCUGGUAUAAGAAUACAGCUAGAAUACUUCUGCAGGAAGACGGCCAAGCACCAGGCUGUGGGGGGGAAUGAGGACGAGAAGGUGCAGCCCCUUACCAAGAAGCAGCCAGCCAGCCAGCUUGCAGCAGCCCCUCUGAAGAGAUACGGGCAGCAGAGCACAGACAGAGAAUGUAUUAAAAAGAUCUUAGGUCUGGAGAUGAUCAAGCUGUCAGCCAGGGCGGUAGUAGUGCUGGACUUUGGGAGAUGCAAUGAGACCUAUUCAACUGGAGCCAGACGCAGUGAGACCUAUUCAACUGGAGCCAGACGCAGUGAGACCUAUUCAACUGGAGCCAGACGCAGUGAGACCUAUUCAACUGGAGCCAGACGCAGUGAGACCUAUUCAACUGGAGCCAGACGCAGUGAGACCUAUUCAACUGGAGCCAGACGCAGUGAGACCUAUUCAACUGGAGCCAGACGCAGUGAGACAUAUUCAACUGGAGCCAGACGCAGUGAGACCUAUUCAACUGGAGCCAGAUGCAGUGAGACCUAUUCAACUGGAGCCAGACGCAGUGAGACCUAUUCAACUGGAGCCAGACGCAGUGAGACCUAUUCAACUGGAGCCAGACGCAGUGAGACCUAUUCAACUGGAGCCAGACGCAGUGAGACCUAUUCAACCAGUGAGACCUAUUCAACUGGAGCCAGACGCAGUGAGACCUAUUCAACUGGAGCCAGACGCAGUGAGACCUAUUCAACUGGAGCCAGACGCAGUGAGACCUAUUCAACUGGAGCCAGACGCAGUGAGACCUAUUCAACUGGAUCCAGACGCAGUGAGACCUAUUCAACUGGAGCCAGACGCAGUGAGACCUAUUCAACUGGAGCCAGACGCAGUGAGACCUAUUCAACUGGAGCCAGACGCAGUGAGACGUAUUCAACUGGAUCCAGACGCAGUGAGACCUAUUCAACUGGUGCCAGACGCAGUGAGACCUAUUCAACUGGUGCCAGACGCAGUGAGACCUAUUUAACUGGUGCCAGACGCAGAGAGACCUAUUCAACUGGUGCCAGACGCAGUGAGACCUAUUCAACUGGAGCCAGACGCAGUGAGACCUAUUCAACUGGAGCCAGACGCAGUGAGACCUAUUCAACUGGAGCCAGACGCAAUGCAGUGAGACCUAUUCAACUGGUGCCAGACGCAGUGAGACCUAUUCAACUGGUGCCAGACGCAGUGAGACCUAUUCAACUGGAGCCAGACGCAGUGAGACCUAUUCAACUGGAGCCAGACGCAGUGAGACCUAUUCAACUGGAGCCAGACGCAGUGAGACCUAUUCAACUGGAGCCAGACGCAGUGAGACCUAUUCAACUGGAGCCAGACGCAGUGAGACCUAUUCAACUGGAGCCAGACGCAGUGAAACCUAUUCAACUGGAGUCAGACGCAGUGAGACCUAUUCAGCUGGAGCCAGACGCAGUGAGACCUAUUCAACUGGAGCCAGACGCAGUGAGACCUAUUCAACUGGAGCCAGACGCAGUGAGACCUAUUCAACUGGAGCCAGACGCAGUGAGACCUAUUAAACUGGAGCCAGACGCAGUGAGACCUAUUCAACUGGAGCCAGAUGCAGUGAGACCUAUUCAACUGGAUACAGAUGCAGUGAGACCUAUUCAACUGGUGCCAGAUGCAGUUAGACCUAUUCAACUGGUGCCAGACGCAGUGAGACCUAUUCAACUGGUGCCAGACGCAGAGAGACCUAUUCAACUGGUGCCAGAGGCAGUGAGACCUAUUCAACUGGAGCCAGACGCAGUGAGACCUAUUCAACUGGAGCCAGACGCAGUGAGACCUAUUCAACUGGAGCCAGACGCAGUGAGACCUAUUCAACUGGAGCCAGACGCAGAGAGACCUAUUCAACUGGAGCCAGACGCAGUGAGACCUAUUCAACUGGAGCCAGACGCAGUGAGACCUAUUCAACUGGUGCCAGACGCAGUGAGACCUAUUCAACUGGUGCCAGACGCAGUGAGACCUAUUCAACUGGAGCCAGACGCAGUGAGACCUAUUCAACUGGAGCCAGACGCAGUGAGACCUAUUCAACUGGAGCCAGACGCAGUGAGACCUAUUCAACUGGAGAAUGACGCAGUGAGACCUAUUCAACUGGAGCCUCACACAGUGAGACCUAUUCAACUGGAGCCAGAAGCAGUGAGACCUAUUCAACUGGAGCCAGACGAAGUGAGACCUAUUCAACUGGAGCCAGACGCAGUGAGACCUAUUCAACUGGAGCCAGACGCAGUGAGACCUAUUCAACUGGAGCCAGACGCAGUGAGACCUAUUCAACCAGUGAGACCUAUUCAACUGGAGCCAGACGCAGUGAGACCUAUUCAACUGGUGCCAGACGCAGUGAGACCUAUUCAACUGGUGCCAGACGCAGAGAGACCUAUUCAACUGGUGCCAGACGCAGUGAGAUCUAUUCAACUGGAGCCAGACGCAGUGAGACCUAUUCAACUGGAGCCAGACGCAGUGAGACCUAUUCAACUGGAGCCAGAUGCAGUGAGACCUAUUCAACUGGAGCCAGACGCAGUGAGACCUAUUCAACUGGAGCCAGACGCAGUGAGACAGAUUCAACUGGAGCCAGACGCAGUGAGACCUAUUCAACUGGAGCCAGACGCAGUGAGACCUAUUCAACUGGAGCCAGACGCAGUGAGACCUAUUCAACUGGAGCCUCACACAGUGAGACCUAUUCAACUGGAGCCAGACGCAGUGAGACCUAUUCAGCUGGAGCCUCAAACAGUGAGACCUAUUCAACUGGAGCCAGACGCAGUGAGACCUAUUCAACUGGAGCCAGAUGCAGUGAGACCUAUUCAACUGGAGCCAGACGCAGUGAGACCUAUUCAACUGGAGCCAGACGCAGUGAGACCUAUUCAACUGGAGCCAGACGCAGUGAGACCUAUUCAACUGGAGCCAGACGCAGUGAGACCUAUUCAACUGGAGCCAGACGCAGUGAGACCUAUUCAACUGGAGCCAGACGCAGUGAGACCUAUUCAACUGGUGGCAGACGCAGUGAGACCUAUUCAACUGGUGCCAGACGCAGUGAGACCUAUUCAACUGGUGCCAGACGCAGUGAGACCUAUUCAACCGGUGCCAGACGCAGAGAGACCUAUUCAACUGUAG